AUACAAUAUUUAUAUUUACAUAUUUAUCCAAACGACUCAUUAAAUCGCAUAAUUUGAGUUUGCAGAAAGUAAAUUACUAUUAUAAAGUUUUAUAAAAUUGAUAUGUAUCUUGCAGGGAGCUGUGGAAAACGACAAUAGAGAUCAUAGCCAAGAAAGAAAUUCGAAGAAAACACUUAACAAUAUCCAAACAUCAGAAAUAGCUGAUUGGAAUGCCAUUUCCAGCUUAGAUCAGUUGAAAGCUAGUAAUAUCAGAGCCGUCACCAGUAGACCAGUCUGUGAGAUCAAAUAGAUCGUGUUCAAAAAUGAUACAUUUAAUUAGUGGGGAUGAGCUAAUUGAACGGACUGAAGCUCCAGAGAAGAUGUCCCUAGUUCAAUUAAGAGACUAUUUAUGUAUUGGAAGAUCCAGCAGUGGAGUGCAUAAUUGCUCAGGGUUAAAACAAAUUAUAGAUCUUAUUCCCAAGCCAUGGUCCAAUGACACACCAGUGAACCCUGCAUGGUCAUUGCUGACCAAGGGAGAUGUGCAAUACCAAAUCAAAUCAUUAAGCGAGCUCACGGAAAGUCUUCUAGACAAAGAAAGUAUUAAAGAAAGAGUUUUGGACAAUAUGUCUGGUUCUCGUGCACAAAAAGAAGCAGACAUUGAGAAUGUUAAGGAAAUACUACAGGUUAUUGUACAAGAGUUCCACAAAACUGACUUGAAUAAGGCAAUGCAUGGAGAAGUAUUUGAAGCUUUUUGCCAGAUACUGGAGUCUUUGAUUCCUGACAAGCAAACAAAUCAACAAACGUAAACCUGUGGUCUUGAACUUGAUCCUUGAAUGAAGGUGAAGGAAUAAGGGCUAUUUUUGAAAUUCCUGUCCACAACAAAUUUUUUUAACUAUUUUGUAAAUGAUGACGUAUUUCAGCAAUUAUUUUUUAAAGCAACAUAUUUGAGGGCAGUUUGUAUGACAUACUCGUAGAACGUUGUUACAUUUUCAUGAAGCAACAGCAGCAAAUCCUCAAUUCGAUGGUUGUUGUAGCCACCAAGGAAAUGGUAUUUUAUUUCAAGAAAAAAACUAAAGAAAGCAGAUGUGCAAAAUUCUUGAAAUUUUAUAGUGGUACUUGUUUAUCUUCAAUGAUCAGACACCUGAUAAGUAAAUAGAGUGUUCUUUACUAAAUAUAUUACAUUCAGCUUUUCUAUUUAUUUUCAAGUUGAAAGCCUGUUAUGAAAGUUUUACUCAAUAGACUCAAGAUAGAUUGAAUGCAUAUACUUCCUCUUGAUGAAAUAACAUGUAGUGUGUUUCCUACCCAAAAGCUUGCGUUUUUUAUUUGACACAUAUACAUUAAUGUUACCAAAUCAAUUAUUUAAAAAACCUUAUUUCAACGAUUUUGAAGUUUUUGUGCCAAUUUCUUUAUACGAAAACAGAUAAAAAACUACUGCUCAACUAAAUUUUUUGUCUCCUGAUCUUCAUGAAAAAAAUGACGACCGUAAUUGCUCCAGAAAGGCCCCCAUUUUUUAAUGCACCAGUGGGUUUCUAAAUAUAUUGUAACAAUCACAGUUGGCAUUUCCUCGUGAAUUUUGCCAACAAAGUUCAUGAACUCUUCUUUCUACAUUGAACGAAAUUGUAAUAAGAAAAGUGUACCAAUAAUUAUACAUGGUAUAACGUAACAAAUUAUUUUGUUCUCUCUCUUCUUUUUUUUUUUUUACAAUUUUAGCUACAUGUAACACACAAUUGUUUGUCCAUCCAAACAUUAAGUAAUGUUUUUCACUGUUGGUUAUUAUUAAAAGUUCAAGAGUA